GACUGGACGCUCUGUUUUUACCUCAUUUCCGGAGCACAUCCCUCGUUAGAAGCUUGCACUAGGGUGGAUUCGCCUAGUGUGGGCGGCCGGAGACCGCUGUGAUUCAACUAUUUGUUCCUGUCACCCUCCUGGCCCGGUACCAUGGGAGUGACUUGUGUGUCCCAGAUGCCUGUGGCUGAGGGCAAGAGUGUCCAGCAGACGGUGGAGCUCCUCACCCGGAAAUUGGAGAUGCUUGGGGCAGAGAAGCAAGGAACAUUUUGUGUGGAUUGUGAGACCUACCACACAGCUGCCUCCACUCUUGGCAGCCAAGGUCAGGCUGGGAAGCUGAUGUACGUGAUGCACAACUCAGAGUAUCCUCUGAGCUGCUUCGCCCUCUUUGAGAAUGGCCCUUGGCUUAUUGCCGACACCAACUUCGACGUGCUCAUGGUGAAACUCAAGGGCUUCUUCCAGAGUGCCAAGGCCAGCAAGAUUGAGACACGGGGUACCCGUUACCAGUACUGUGACUUCCUAGUAAAGGUGGGCACAGUCACCAUGGGACCCAGUGCCCGGGGAAUCUCUGUAGAGGUGGAGUAUGGCCCCUGUGUGGUAGCUAGUGACUGCUGGAGCCUGCUGCUCGAGUUCCUACAGAGUUUUCUAGGCAGCCACACACCAGGGGCUCCCGCAGUGUUUGGGAACAGACACGAUGCCGUCUAUGGCCCAGCAGAUACCAUGAUCCAGUACAUGGAACUCUUCAAUAAGAUCCGCAAGCAGCAGCAGGUGCCGGUGGCUGGGAUUCGUUAGUGACUGGUGGCUGCCUAGCUGAGCUCUGUCACCAGGGGGUCGGUGCAGGAAGAGCAGGGGCUGCACCCUGAGCCCCUGGACCCCAGAAACCCAUGGCAGACAUGGAGGCUUCUCUCCCUCCUCUCAGCUGUGACUUUUGUUCUGGGGAUCUGGACUCCCCUCCCCUGACCCUCACACACAGCCCCCCGGCAGCUGCUUCACCCUACGCCUUACUGGACUUGGCCUGUUCUCAAGAAUGGUAAUUACGAAGAAUGGAGAAGUGUGGAGCUUUCCUGCUUUAGGGAAAAGGUAGGACAGAGCUGUCCCUGCCCAGUGUUGGUGGGAAAGCAGUCUGUAUCUCCAGCUGUUGCAGAUUUGGCCUAGGUCCACAGUGGAUGGACUGGGCUGGGCUGUGCUGGGCUGUAAUAAAGGCCUCUUCCUCUACUCCAGGGAUGCAGUUGGGCCUCUCCUGGAGAAGGAGUAGAAGGCAUAACUUGG